UCUUACUGUGAUGCAAGUUAUUGGAAACUUCGCUCUGCUCGGAAAAUAAAGGAAAUAGUUUGUGACAAAAUCCUUUUUCUGGAAUAAAACUCCAAACGACGGAAAACGACAGGCAACUGUAUUAUGACGUAUCGUGAACUGACACUUUUGAAAUAACCUUUCUGCGCAGAAGGAAGUGAUUCGCUGGGUACUAUGCAGAAAGAUUCAUAAUGACAAUAAAGUGUUUUUCGAAUGUUCAAAUAAUUGUUUCAUUGUUUGACACGGCGAUGUUUUCAUAGUGGAUAUCUUUGAUAAUGUAAUGGCGGCGAGUAGUUCGGAUGGUAGUUGUGAGGAUUUGGCUUUAAUGUCAAUAGAAGACAGCUGUAGCAGGUAUAGCUCAACUGUUGGAAAGUGUCCUCUGUGUGGCAAUUAUAAAAAGGCAUUUUAUUGCAAACAGUGUGUUCAGAAUGGAGACUUCAUUCAUUCGAAAUGUAUGCAAUCGUUGUACCCUGGUCGGAAGAUGUCUUCUUCCUUCGAUCAUGUUAUUUAUCGGAGAUUCGCGGAUAAACAAAUUAACCUCUUGCGGUUGAAGAAUGACAAGUGUCAGGUAGAGAAACAUUGUGAAGAAUUGCUGUGGAAGCGGUUAAAAGCAAAUGAAUUGCAAUGUGAAAUAGAUGCCUGCAAAGAAAGAAUACGUCUUUUGGAAUUACUGAAUAAAGAGACUGCACUCAACAUUGUAAAAGGCCGAAAUGACGUAGCAGCCUUAAUAGAAACAAACAAGCAGCGAGCAGAUCGCUUGCCACGAUAUGAGGAGCGUGUCUGCCGUUUGCAGCAGUUUGUUGCCAACUUAUCUGAAGAUGCUGAAGAAAGGCGUCAGUCCUUGCAGAAAAUUCAAGAUGAGCUGAAGCACGUUAUAAGAUCAAGCAUACAGCAACUUGUGCAGUACAUCUUCCCCAUAGCACAAGUUCCAUCAGCUCAGAGUGAGGAAGACAAUGAAACACAAGAUACUGUUAGUGCCUUGGCUGAAGCAACUCGUACUGCUUAUGUUAAAGGCAAAUGGGUAUUUACCGACAGUUCUGGGGAACUACACCAUUGUAUUGUAGCCCCAUCACUUCCUGGGUCUGGAGAUUAUUCUGCUUAUAAUGCUUGGGUUGCUGCAAACAGGGAUGGUGUUCCUAGUGGUAACAGUGAUGUUGACCACAAUGCAGCAUACAACAUUAGUGCUGCCCUUACAUACACAACCCAGUUGAUCAAUGUAUUGGCAUUUUAUUUGGAUGUAUGGUUGCCAGCAAAAUUGAGUUACAGUGAUUUUUGCAGCCAUGAAAUGAGUGACCAUCAGUUUGCAAGAAGAGUAGCAAGACUUAAUACAAACAUCCUCCAUCUUUGCUUUUCGCAAAAUGUAAAUCCUGAGCUCCUGAGACCAUCGCACACACUACAGAAUGUGCUUCACUUAUUAAACACACAAGUUAGUGACUUGGGCAGGCAAGGACCAUUUGAAGUGGACUGCAAUCUCACUAAAUCACUAGAAGAACAACUGGCACGAGAAUUGGGUCAGAAUGAGAGCUCUGAUUCAGAAGAUGAGAGUGAUAAUUUGCCAAUGGAAUGGGAAGCAGUGCCCCAUGUUUCAUGUCCAGAAAGUUCUCCUGGCCCAAUGAGCUUAGGGUCGCAGCAAGCUCUGACCAGCACUCAACAAGCUACAAGUAUGGCUGGUGGUUUAGUUACCAGUGCAGCAGCAAGUAUUGCUUCCAUAUGGAGAGGUUGGACAGGAAACAGAUAGAAUAUGGCUAUAGCUUUAUAUAUCAGUUUUUUAAUGUAUACAUUUGUGCAUGGCAAAAAGGUCACUGUGGUGUAUUAAUGUACAUUUAUUAGUAUAUUUUGCCCAUGGAGGCUUCUUUUUUGCAGUUAUCUCCUCUUUCACUGUAAAGUUUUACUUUUUUCAGCUGUAUCACAUUUUUUGCUGAAGUUACCAAUUUGCACUCGAACCGCCAUUUUUUAAAAUGACAGUGGGAGCCACUAUUUUGUGUAGGUGGUGUUCAUUUUCUCGGGGUAGUGCUGGUGAUCCCAAUAAACUAAAAUGAGAUUUAUAGACUCCAACUGGUGAUUCUUGUACGCCUUUGAUUUUACACUCAGUUUUCGUCGUAUAUGGCUUUGUAUUGUUUCGUGUAGAACUCAAGUUUCUCUAUUGCACACUUCAAUUUAUGAACAUUUUUCUCUCAGUAAUAAAAUUUUAUUAUAUUGGAUUCACGAGGAACAGUUGUAACAAAACUAGUUGAACAGUUACUUAGAAAACGUUUGUAAUUUUCUAUGAAGUAUCAUAUCAUCUAACACCUCACUUCACUAUAACUGCUGUUCAUGCAAAUGGAAUGCAUCACAGAAAAUUUAAAACAUUACUAGGGGUAUUGCUUUGAGACUGUGUCAUAACUGCACUUAGGUUGGUUACUACACGCUGUGGAUAAAUUCUCGGGGUAAGUGCCACUUUAUGCUUUGGACAGAGUUAAAGUCUAAACAGUAUGAAAGUAUUGACUGUAAUACGUUUGGUUAUAUAAUAAGAAAGAAAAGUAAGGAGUCGUUAAUCCAAAUCCCCGUUAUGUACUAUAGAGGAAUAUGAUAAAUUUCUCUUGGCUAAAAACUAUACAGAGAUCAUAGAGUAAACGAAAUUUACUAUUAGCCAUUUUAUAUAAUCCUCACUAUUUGUCAUCAUUUUUAAAACUUGUGUAGCUUUUUGCAUAAUUUUCUUGGAUUCAUAAGUACAUAUGGAGUAGCAAAUUCUGAUUUAGAACAAUCGGGUGUGGGAUGUAACAAACUGAGAAACUGCUGAACAAAUUCUGACCCUUCAUUAUCAUAAUAUUGCACUUUUUAACUAGGCGUACCAUAGUACUUCUCGUGAAAUCCGUAUUUGGCUGAGAGCCUUGAACAGUUUUUUAUGGUUAUCUUAAAGCUCUAAAAGCUUGUGAUAAGCUCAUUAACAUCUACAAGUUUCUGCAAGGUUUUUCGUGCAUAUCACAAGCACUUUAUAAUGUUUGAUUCCCCCCUCAGCUCUCCAGCUGUUGUUUAUGUUCAGCAGGGUUAACAAUGCAUCUGGAUAAAUUCCACAGUUCAGACAAAUACAUUCUGUGGGAAAAUGUCAGGUCUGGCAUUUGUGUAGAUUUACCUAAUAAUCGUACUACAGCGUCACUUUUUGUAUUGACUUAAUGUGAGAUGUAAAUUGAUAACUCAUGAUAGUCAUAGCACUUAUUUGUUCUGUUUGCCUCAUUCCUUACCCCAGUAUCCGUAUCCCAUUUGGAGUCUGUACUGUGGCACUACCCAAUCUGAAGACUUAGUGGACCUUUCGUGAGGGCUUAUUCAAACUUUUUGGAUGAACAGUGUACUGGAGAAUUAAGUUAUUUCUCAUGUACACUGUUAAAGACAAGCAUAUGUUAUUUAGUGCAGGGAAAAAAGUAUUAAAGGAAGUUAAAAUUGACGUAAGUGGGUCAGUUUUAAAUUAAAUGAACUGUAGAUGAAAUAAGCUUUCAGAAAAAUUUAUUAAUCUCACCAACAGGUCACUGUGAGCAGACGCUUACAUUAUUUCUUCAUCCUAGCAUUUAGACACAUCAGCAGGGGAUACUUCUCCACAACUUGGACAACAUUUUUCUCAAUCUCUUGUGCCCUUUGGGCACAUUGGUGAUACAAAUCUUUGCUGUUAGUAUCCCAUGCUUUCUGCACAUGUUGCCCAAUAUCAGACACAUUCAUUCCCCUUUAUGAAAUGCAGAGUAGUAGAAAGCCACACAGAAAGACCAAAGAGGCCUGGAUAGAUAUUCAACUUUUAUUGCCAUAGCUGUCAUGUGUAAGCCGGGAAAGAAAACUCAUAUUUGCUGUAUGUUCAGAGCAGUAGUAAGAAAUCUCUGUGCGCUUGUUGACUAAA